AUGUCUCCCGACCGCCGUAUCAAAGCCACCCCAAGCAAAUCCCUAUCGCCUGUGCCAAAGGUCAAGGCUGAAGACACUGGUUCAUACCCUUCCUUAAAGUUCGCAUCGCCCUGUUCAACUGGAAGUGUGGCGGACGCCCAGUGGUACUACGCUGCCACAGUGUAUGGUUCAUAUUGUAUGCCAGCGCCGCAAUACACGUACCUCCCGGCCUCUCCUCUGGACGUCUACUUCUGCAACAAGCUCGGCAUCCCCGCUUACUACAAUAUCGUCCUCGACCAUGUGGACUACCUCCAGGCCAAGGGGGUCAUCACGAACCGUGUUCCACUGGUGCUUCUCCUUGGGCUUGCUAUCAAAAGCAGCAAAAAAGGUCGCCUCAGCGUCGAAGACCUUUGUGAUAAAAUGACGAGAUACUUCGAGAGGUGGGGCGACCGUCGCAACCAGCGCCUGAAAAUGACAUCAAUUCGCACCAUACUCAGCACGAACAUGAUGUUCUACACAGUCCCAAAGCCUGCAGGCAUGCGUGGCCGAGGCGAAUGUUGGGCACUGGAUCUUUCUCGUGGAGAUGGGUGGAAGGAGUACCAGCCGCGGAGUACAAUCGAGAGCGUUGCCCAAUCGAAGGCAACCGAACAAACCAUGACAAUGAAAGAAGGAGCAAGGAGCACUGACAAGUCUGCCGCCGUCAUCCCGGUUGCUUCCGUGUCACGGCCUGAACAGUGCCCUUCGAAGACGGUUGGCGAUCUCUACGAUUCCGCGAGACUGGAGUAUGGUGAUGAAGAGACAGAAGUAAACUCUGGCCAAGAACACUUUGAUCCUUAUCUUCCACUAGGUCUCGAAGUCGGAUUUGGUAGAGAUAGUAGUGGCGCACACGAGGGGCAAGGUGACGAGCUUUUGGGUGUCAUUUCAGGCUCGAUUUGGUAUUGA